GACUAUUAUGUUGCACCGGACGAGAACAGGACUGGGCUCCACCCGAAACAGGAAGGCGGAGUUUCUCAGCUUUGGUGACCAGCCCGCAGCUAGAGGAGGAGCUGGAGGAGGAGGCGGAGCCGUGACACGCUCAGCCUAGUAGAAGAGAACCUGGGAAAAUGGGUAGAAAAGAUGCUUCUACUGCAAGAACUCCUGUUGAUCAGUACAGAAAACAAAUAGGAAAACAAGAUUACAAGAAAACCAGGCCAAUGUUAAAAGCAGCAAGAUUAAAAGCAGAGGCCAAGAAAACCGCACCAGGCAUAAAGGAAAUCACCCUUGUCCUUGCAGCUAUAUUGGUCUUUCUUCUGGCUUGUUAUGCUUUCUUUUAUCUGAAACUAUCUGAAGAGGUUGACCUUCAUCUGGAUCAAGAUGAAAACUAGCAGAUGUGUUUUUUUUUCAAUUCUCUUCUGUAAAAGCAUCAUUUUGACCACUUCAAAUUGCCAACAAACUCUCUCUUCACUGAGGUGGACAUAACUUGAACAGUUCCAGCAGUUCAGAGGCCAAGACUACUCAUGAUAAUAGCUCAGUCAACCUUAGGGAAUUUUACAAAGAACCACACAGAGCAAGCUUCUUCUGCCAUUCACAUUGUAUCAGUUUAUGCUGACUCAAUUUGCUUCAUUUAUUAAGACUGCUGUUUUAAUAGAACUGACUUCCUCUGAAUCAUCUGUGAAUUAAAUUGGUUUUUAAAGGGGGGAAAAGAAAAAGAUUGCAACAUUUUUUAAAAAAAUCACAAAAUAUAUGCAAACCAAAUGGGACAGAGUUAAAAUACAUGAAGGAAUUUUAAAAUGCUGUAAAGGGGCACGAUUCCAUUUCCAACACUUUUUACAUCCCAGUUAAACUUCAUAUCACGCUGUGUUAGUUUUGCUUGUGACCGGAGCCAACCUUGCAUGUAGCCUUGCAUUUUUUUUCUUUUACAGUCAUGUUGCAAGACUGCAACUGUAAAACACUGGAUGCGAUGCAGGCAAGUUGGAACCUCUGCAGAAUAGGCUUAAACAUCAUUACAACUUCUAAGUUUGUCUGAUGUCUAGUUGAUUGCAGUGGAAGCGUCAAACAUGCUCAGAUCUCUCCCUGUCGAAAUCAUGGGAUCUUAAAACACUUAAUUCUGGCCAAGACAUGGUUAUUGGUCAUGGUUGAAAAGCCUGAGCACAUUGUGCCAAGAUUCAGAGUUCAAAACAUCAGUAGUUUCUUACUGAUUAACAGUAAGACACUAAUUAGUUUGUACUGGUACAUAUGCUGGCAUCAACCAAACUAGCUGUAUCAUUUUUAGCACACAAAUUCCAUAGACCCUUUGAGUUUGCCUCCUCGAGUUUCCAUAAGGAAAGAAUAUGAGACAAUAAUUAAACGAACAAACACACACCAGUUUCUGGUAGAGGGAUAUAAUUACCAUGUAUGAGUAUUUUCCUGAUAGCAAACUGAAUUUGUUCCUAAUUGCUUGUCAGUGUAAAAGGCCAGAACCAGAUCUUUUCUCCAAAGCCUCUAAAGGUAAACCAAUUGAAUGGGAAGUGUUCUUUUUCCCGAGAUGACAGAGCUUGGAGCACAUAUGACAUACAUACAUCACUUAGAUUCAACUGUGAUCAAAAUCUGUGAAUCAGAGCAAGCAGUCAAAAGGUACUAGAAUGGUAGCUCUAAAAAUAAUCUCGCUGUAAUAAGUUGAAAUUACAACACAUUGCUGCACAAGGCCACAGCAAAGUUUGCUGCUCAGAAAGAGACUCCCCUUUGUUGGUGCAAGUUUAUUCCAAUGUCAUCCUGACUCCUUUGUGCAUGUGUAUCAGCAGUCAUCUUUUUAUUCACUGCCAACUGUUCCAGCCACAUGUGUUUUGUCAGAAAUGGCACCUGGAUGACAGAAGCUGAAGCAUUCACAUAUGCCUCUGAAACAGAGUUCCUUGCCUCUUGGGCUAUCUGAACGAGUGUAAAUAGAAAGUUCAGUUGAUGUUGAUUUUAAUUAGCGCAUUGCUUCAUUAAUAUAAAGUUGAAAUACUGUUUUAAUUAUACCAUGGCUGCUGCCUGUGAUAUCAACAUGGAAGAUUUUUUUAAAAGAAUCUUUUGCAAUUAGUCAUUUUUUAGCAAGCCAGAAUAAACCCUACACUUUGCUAUCAACCCUAUUUUGUACAUCAUCCCAGUAAAUGGGGAGCAUCCUGGCUUCAUCAUACAAAAUUCAGGGGUGGGAUUUUGUAGCAAAAUAUUCAAAAUAUGCACUGCGAAAGGUAGGGUUUUUUCCCCCUCAGUAUUUCAAUCAAAAGUGUAUGGGUGUAAAUAUGUUAAUCUAAAAUAAUCUGUAAUAAUGUUUUUUGUUUUGCUUUGUCAUAAUAAUUUACUGUAUAGGUCCAGUAUCUGCAGGUCUGUAGGACCCAACGCAAUAGUUUACUGAAUUCUGAAAAUUGUUUUAGAAUUUUGAACAUAAUGCUACUUUAUGGACAGAUUCAAUAUUAGUUGUUUUUAAUUCUUCCUUUAAAAUAAAUUGUUCCUGGUUAUCAAAAAUUGUUCAGGACCAAAGACUUGACUCAUGAAAGAACAUUCCUAAAGUGAAGAUAACACAAUGUUGACCAAUUCUGAUAGUAAAGAAUCAUGCAUUUUAUUUGUAAUUUUUUAUCUCUGCUUGACAUGGUAGUUAAGAAUUUCUUUGUGAGAUAUAUGGUAAUUCAUUGAAAUUGCAGAAGUAUGUUGAGCGGAAACUGCUACUGCUACUUAUAGAUUUUUGUAUUACAUUGUGGAUUAUCAUUUCAGAACUGAAACUUACCAAAUAAACUUGCCAUUAUGACA